GGGAGGAAGGAGGCAGUGGACACCGCAGAUUUAUGCCCUCCUGUCAGCAAGAGCCCUGGAAACGCUUUCGUGCUUCACUUUUGCACUUCGAUUUUGCAAAACCGACUGUGCGCGUAUUCUUUAGGAGGAGUCGCAUUUCGCUCGAGUGGUGAAACACCACGCUGGCGCGCGCGCGCGCGCACGCACGCUCGCUCGCUCGCGCACACACACACACACGCAGAGGUUUCUACCGAGGACGGCUCGCGUCUUCUUCCUCCUGUUCCUGCCUGACUGCAUGGAUCUUUGAAGUGUCCGUUUCCUCGUUUCCGUUUCUGACGUGGAUAAAGUGAGAGAGCGUAGUGGAAGGGUCUGUGUGUGCCGCGCGCUCUAAACAUGCCAAGGUCUUUCCUGGUGAAGAAGGUGAAGCUAGAUGAUUUCUCAUGCGCAGAGCUGGAGAGCGCCUAUGGCAGGUCAAGAUCUGACCUGAACCUGCGGAUCCACGACAAAGGUUACAUUAGGGACUACAUUACCCCAGCGGUGUAUGAUGCAGAGACUGAUGGCGCGGUUAAGGUUCCCUCUCCGGAGCCUCUGUAUGAUGGCGCUCACAGUGAUUACCAGGCGGACAGCCCGCGCUCGGACACCACGGGCGGCUCGAUCAACGGCGACGCAGCGGUGAGUGGCGGCUACACGGCGCACGCCUUCUUCAUCACGGAUGGCCGUUCACGGCGCAGGGCGAGCGGAGGAGCGCGUAGUCCGCCUCGCCACACGUGCACCGAGUGCGGCAAGUCGUACGCCACGUCAUCAAACCUGAGUCGCCACAAGCAGACGCACCGCAGCCUGGACAGCAAGAUGGCAAAGAAGUGCCCGACCUGCGGCAAGGUGUAUGUGUCCAUGCCGGCCAUGGCCAUGCACGUCCUCACGCACGACCUACGGCACAAGUGCGAUGUUUGCGGCAAAGCUUUCAGCCGUCCUUGGCUGCUGCAGGGUCACAUGCGUUCUCACACGGGAGAGAAGCCUUUCGGCUGCGCGCACUGCGGGAAGGCGUUCGCCGACCGCUCCAACCUGCGCGCGCACAUGCAGACGCACUCGGCCUUCAAACACUUCAAGUGCGCGCGCUGCAGCAAGACGUUCGCGCUCAAGUCGUAUCUGAACAAACACUACGAGUCGGCGUGCUUCAAGGGCGCACUCUCGCCGCUCCAAGCGUGAUUUCGGCGGGCAAAGUCUCGGCUCUUCUAGACGCUCUUGACCCUAAGGGAAUACUGAGGCUUCGUAUGCUGUUCAGUGUUGACAGUGCAGCGAGGAAGACUUCCUGCACACUGAAGGUUUGAGUGACACAAUGCUGUUCAAUAACUUUUUUUUUUUCAUAUCACUUGAUAUUAUUAUACUGCUGCAAGUGACCCCGCGAUGGAUGGAUUGAAAGAUCGAUUAUUUAUUUAUUUAUUUAUUUAUUUAUUUAUUUAUUUAUUUAUUUAUUCUUCUAUAUUUUUUUUGUUUUCUUUCUAUGAAAGGCACAGUGUUUACUUUUCAGCAUAUGUUUUGCACUUUCAUUUGCUUAUUUGCCAGUUUUAUUAACAUGCCAAAGCAUUCAAAUCAGUCAAAAUUUGAUUUUCAAAUUCUUUGAUUUCAUAUGCCUAUGUAAUGCAUGCAAAAAAAAAAAAAUGAAUCUAUGCCAGUAUCAUAAAACUUAGGCUUAUCAUUUUGCCAAAACCUAGGUAGUAUCAACGGGCAAUAUUUUGGGAUUCUCGUAAGGAUAUAUACAGCAAUAAUCAUGUAAUGCAUGGUAUUUUUGAACUGUUGCCUAUAGCAGCUUUUUCUAAAAAAAAAAAAAAAAAAAAAUCAGGUAUGUUUUGAUCUCUUAAUAAUCAAACAGAAAAAAUACAACAUCAGGGAAAAUGCCAGUGUAGUGUUAGAGAGUCGACAAGACUUAACAAGAAAAGUAUAAAUCAAUUUCCUUUGCUCUGCUGUUAUGCACUGCCUGCCUCUAAUUUAAACGUAGUUUUAGGAUGUAGGCUUGAAGUGCUGUAACUUCUGCUCUAAGCAGUUCAGUAUCAUUCUCUAAAUCUCUGGAACACCCAGUUUAGGGGAGGUAGGGAAGGAUAGGGAGGAAGGCUCUUCCACAGUUAACUCAAAAGAAUGAGGAAGAUUGCCAGAAGCAGGGAAGAUGAACCUUUGCACAGCUGGUCUGUAAUCCACUUCCACUGCAGUUCAGGCUUUGAUUACUUUAAGAUUCCUGCAUUUCUCCAGUCUAGGUGUCCCUCAGAUUUCUCCUGAAAGCACUUCCUAUUGUUAAAAGUAGCACAAAACCCUAGAUUCAGGUAGAAAUGACUAUACUAGUUUCACCUUAGUUUUCGUAUAAUAAAUGAAGAAUAUCUGACAUGCUCAGUUUAAGAGGUGAUGUAGCCUAAGUGUAAAUACUUAUUUGAAGAGGAAAAAACAACUUUUUACAACUGAUUAAUCUGAUGACUCCUGAUCAGGGGAACUCUGAAUGAAACAGGUCUAACAUGUACUGCGAUUUUUGAGCCAAUCUUCAACUGUUGUAAAAGCACAAGGCACCAGGAAUUUUGUGGCACUUCAUAAUAAAGAUAAAGUAAACAGUCCUAGUCUGUUCCUUGUUU